AUGCUGUCGCCCACGAGGUCGACCCGGCGCAAGGAACGACGGAAUCCCUCGGUGACGCCCCGGAGGUUUGGGAGGUUCUUUACGCCGCGGUCGUCUCUGCCCAGCGGGCGGCUGGUCUUGGGCAUGCUGGACAGCGCCUCUGUCAACAACCGCCAGCUAGCAUCCCCCAUGUCCUUUCUCAGUGAUCCGCUGAGCUCGGAUCCGCUGUGUCCGCCCUCGCCCAGUGAACGGCUAGGAAUGAACGGAGAGCAGAAGAGGCUACUGGAGGAGGAGAUGCAGGCGGAUGGCACAAAGAGGAGGAGACUCAACGGUGGUGCGGAUUCGUGGUUAAGCAAUGGCACUAUUAUCGAGGAGGAUCUGACCGAGGGCCUUUCCGAAGACGGAGCCGGGACAAGAGAGUCUCUUGAGAGCUUGGGAGAGAGGCGGAGAGCUACUUUGAAUCUCUUCUUCAAGGCUAGCCGCAAUGGUUCCCGCGAGCUGCAAGAAAAGAUAGGACUGACCCCACAAAGACUUGUUGCCGCAGACCCUAAAGCUCCCCUGCAGCUUGAAGGAUACCAGCCCCAGCCUGUCCGCAAGUUCCGGGAUCUUGGUUUUGAAGCUCAUCUCGUCGACCGGGAGCAUGGCUUCUCUUCGCACUACGGUAGCCAGUAUCUGACUUCUCCGGCAUGUGACCCCAGGAUCGAGACAUGUUCGUUUUAUAGCCGAAGCAAUGAUCUUCACCACUGCGUUGCCUCCAGCGGAAGCGGCAAUACCAUUCCAUUCAGCCUGGCCAGCUGCCACAAAGCUUCGGUUACCGCCAUUGGCGACGAGCAGGGAUAUGUUCGCCUAUUCAACACUACCUUGAACGAUGUCUCCGAGGACUCCAAAGUUGACGUAUACAUCUCUGUCCACGAUAAUGCGAUUAUGGAUCUGGCGUUUUCGGAAGAUGAUACGCGGCUGGCGACGGCCUGUGGUGACCGCAGCGGCAAGAUUCUCGACGUUCCCACUCAGACCGUCGCUGCCGAGCUCGGAGGUGGCCACUGGGAUUCACUACGGCAGAUUGCAUUCCAGCCCGGCGAAGCAGCCGGUAAUGUCAUCGCCUCAUCUGACCGAGCCGGCCGUAUCCAGAUAUGGGACUUGCGAUGUUCCUCAUCGCCAGUGAACAGCUUUUCCUGCCCCAGCGGCAUUGGCCAGCGAGAUACUUCCUUGGAGCCAUUCCCUGCCAAGGGCAUAAAUACCAUCGACAACGCCCAUGAGCGUACGGUCCAGGGCAAUACAUCGUCCGCGUCAGUCACCGCUAUUCACUGGAUGCCACCCGGCCGCGAACACCUUUUACUCUCCGCAUCUGAAGCCAAUGCCUCAAUCAAAUUAUGGGACACGCGAUACAUCAAGCCUCGGCGGCAGGCUGAAGAGACACCUCUAGCCGUGACACAGGAGCCACGAGGCCACACGUGGCGUUCCUACGGUAUUACUUCCAUGGCUCUCAGCUCCGACGCGGCACGCCUCUACGCCGUUUGCAAAGACAGCACCGUCUACGCUUACUCGACGAACCACCUGAUGCUUGGCCAUGCCCCUGAGCUCGAAGAUGGAGCAGUCAAGCGUAGACCCAACGGAACUCAUGGCCUGGGACCCAUGUACGGUUUCAAGCACGACUUGUUCCGCGCGCAGUCUUUCUAUGUCAAAUGCGCUAUCCGCCCUGGCAUCAACGGCUCCUCCGAACUCCUCGCCGUGGGCAGCACCGACGGCUGCGCACUCCUCUUCCCCACCGACGAACGUUACAUUCGAACCGCCUGGGCUAAGCGCUCUCACAUCCUCCCCGAAGCCAGCGCCUUUGCCACUCCAUCACAGAGCAUCUCGACCCCCUCUGCCUUUGGGUCAUCCGCCGCCGCGCCUCUACUCCCCAUCUCACGGUUCGGUACACCCCUUAUUCGCGGCCACAGCCGCGAAGUUACCACUAUGAGCUGGUCUCACGACGGCAAGCUCGUCACCGCUUCAGACGACUACAUCGUUCGCCAGUGGCAGCAGAAUGAGUCUCAAGCGCGGUAUCUACGGCAGGUGGGCGAAUUCGGUGGCGAGCGUCACAUGGCAGGGUGGGCCGACGUGGGAGACGACUGGGACUCUUCCGAUGACGACGACGAAUAA